AUGGGCAUCUUUUUUGGAUUAUAUGUUCUGGGCGUUUUUUUUACAACCGUUCUGAUACUUCUUCUGGCAUCCACUACAUUUCAUCCAUUUAAACGUUACCUGGAAAAAUGGAACGAAAUGAGGCCGAUUCCGGGAAUGGCGGGUGCUUAUCCAAUUAUUGGCAACGCACUGCAGUUUAAAACCAAUGCUGGCGAUUUUUUCAACCAGAUUAUUCAGGGCACAAAUGAAAACAGACACCUUCCUCUAGCAAAAGUUUGGGUGGGUCCAGUCCCCUUUCUGGUCCUAUAUCAUGCAGAGAAUAUUGAGGUGGUUCUCAGUAAUUCUAGGCACAUUGACAAGUCAUAUCCAUACAGGUUUCUGCACCCUUGGCUUGGCACAGGCCUGCUUACCAGCACAGGUGAGAAGUGGCGUAAUCGGCGUAAAAUGCUGACCCCAACCUUCCAUUUCUCCAUUCUCUCUGACUUUCUGGAAGUGAUGAAUGAACAAACUGAUAUUUUAAUACAGAAGAUGGAGGAUCAUGGAGGUGGAGAGCCGUUUAACUGCUUCAGCUACGUAACAUUAUGUGCUCUGGACAUCAUAUGUGAAACUGCAAUGGGAAAGAAGAUCUAUGCACAGAGCAAUGCUGACUCUGAGUAUGUUCAAAGUGUCUAUAAAAUGAGCGACAUCAUCACCAAGAGACAGAGAGCACCAUGGCUGUGGCCAGACUGGAUCUACAGUAUGCUAGAAGAAGGCAAAGAACAGUCUAGAAGAUUGAGGAUUCUUCACUACUUUACUGCAAGCGUUAUCAAGGAGAGAGCAAAGUUAAUGACGUCUGACUGUGACAGUGAUUCUGACCAGCGGCCGAGGAAGAGACAAGCCUUUCUGGACAUGCUGUUAAAAACUACUGAUCAGAAUGGAAAGAAUCUGAGUCAAGAGGAUAUUCAGGAGGAAGUGGACACCUUUAUGUUUGAGGGUCAUGACACAACAGCAGCAUCAAUAAACUGGGCCUUACAUCUGAUUGGCUCUCAUCCUGAGGUCCAGAAGGGGGUGCAGGCAGAACUACAGGAAGUGUUUGGUUCAUCAGAGCGACACGUCGGAGUGGAGGACCUGAGGAAGCUGCGCUACCUGGAGUGCGUCAUCAAAGAGAGUCUGCGGAUCUUCCCCGCCGUGCCUCUGUUUGCACGCAGCCUCUGUGAGACCUGUCACAUCAAUGGGUUCAAAGUCCCAGAAGGAGUGAAUGCUGUUAUAAUACCAUAUGCUCUUCACCGGGACCCGCGUUACUUUCCAGAACCUGAGGAAUUCAGACCGGAAAGAUUCCUGCCAGAGAACAGCAAAGGGAGACAUCCAUAUGCGUACAUCCCUUUUUCUGCAGGGCCAAGAAACUGCAUUGGUCAGCGCUUCGCCCUGAUGGAGGAGAAGGUAGUUCUUGCUACGAUCUUACGUCAUUUUGAGGUAGAGUCAUGUCAGAGCCGUGAGGAACUAAGGCCGCUGGGGGAGCUCGUUCUGCGUCCCGAGAAGGGGAUUUGGAUCAAACUGCAAAAACGAACCAAGUGACUCUUGCCACUGUGAAAGAAGAAAUGUCAUACCACUAAAGCGCUGUAGUAUUUGUGCUGAUAGUUAAAAGCUGACUCUGCUGACUUUAUUGCUUUGUCUGCACAUAUUUUAUAGGGAAAUGUGUGA